CCGGCCCCCCUGGCUGCAGCAGGUGUGUUUUGAACUAAACACGGAGGAGAAGAAAACCCUCUGGAUGUCGUGUCGGCACCAAAAGCGGGAAAUGAAAAGUAAAAGAGUUUGAGGAAGGAAAAGGAAAAACACCGGUUGCUCCAUGUGACAUCAUAUAAGAGACACUGCGCUGCUGGAGGACAACCAUGAGACGGAACACACAGAUCGACAUCAAGCGCGCCCUCGUUCUGACGGCCACCUUCAGGUUCCUCUGCUGCUGCUCUAAAGCCUGUCUGCUCCCCUUCCUCACCCUGUACUUCCGCCAACUGGGCCUGUCUCCAUCCAUGACUGGCAUCGUCAUGGCCACCAAGCACUCCAUAACCCUGGUAUGGAGUCCAGCAGCCGGACUCCUCUCCAAACGCUACAACAAGAGACGGGUGGUGAUAAACUGCUCACUCGUGUUUUCUGCUGCGGCCGUUGUGAUGCUGCUGCUCCUCCCGUCUGUAGGGACGCCUGGCGCACAGAGCAGCACCUGUAACACCUCUGACCUGAGUUCUGGUUCAGGCCAAAGUCAGUUGAAUGUUACCCCUAGUAUUAGGAGUCAGACGUUGUCAACACAUACAAAUUUACUCAUUGCGACGUCGCCUAAUAGCUCUAUCAGUGAGUGGAAACUUGGUCCUGUAACAACUCCGCCUAAUCACAAUCAUACAGAACACUCUGAAGUUUCUGUAUCACAAGGAAACUCAUCUGAGGUGCCAAUCAUCAGUCAGACAGUAGCGAGCGUUGAGCAUUCCACCACCUUAGUGAAUGCAGCAAGGAAUAAGAGGUCUGUGAUCACAUCGGACCCCUUUGAGGACCAACAGAAGGGCAGUUCGGGAUUUCUCGCGAGCCUUAAGGAGAUGGACAUUCAGAACCAGCUCUUCUACUUGAUGCUCAUCAUCGUGUUGGUGUGGGAGUUUGCGUCAGCUCCUCUCGAGUGGACAGCCGACGACGGGCUUUACGAGUAUCUGGACUACGCGGACGCCUCAGACCGCCAUAGCAGCGCCGAUGUAUGGGGUCUGUUCGGGGCGGUAUGCGGGGUCGGGGGAGCCGGGCUUGUGGUCGCCCAGCUCAGUUGUCAUGUAGCAGCCACUCACGCUUCCAGAAGUGCGGUGCAUUUUUAUUCCUACGCGGGCCUGGCGGUUCUAGCCCUGCCCGUAGGCGUCUACCUCCCUCUGUACCUGAACAGAAAGCGAGACAGGGCCAAUGGGCUCCUUAAGGGUGUGCAGCUGGUUCACGGCUCCCCCCACGCUCUACUCUGCGCCUUCACCAUCGUCCUGGUCGGGGUGGUGAAUUCGGCUGUGGAGAACUUCCUGCUUUGGCAGAUGGAGGAUCACGGGAGCACUGAGCUGCACAUGGGACUAUGCCUCGCUCUUUCUUUGCUCUCACAGGCAGUCUUCCCCCUCCUGGCUGGCAGAGUAUCCAAACUCCUAAGCCCAGGGAGGGUUCUCGUCGUUGGGGCCGCCAGUCUCGGGUUGCAGUGCUUCUACUACUCCUUCCUCUGGGGACCCUGGGCGGCCUUUCCUGCACAGGUGCUGGGUACCUUGAGCAGCGGCGGCGUCUGGUGGGCUGUGAGGAUCCAAUGCGAGGACGUCGCAACACCAGGGGCCGAAAGAAGUGUCAGGAGGGUCUACGGUUCCCUGUGUCUGCACCUUGGGAGUGGACUCGGGAGUUUUGCCGGCGGGUUUGUGGCACAGAGACUUGGGGUGACAUGGUUGUUCAGAGGGGUUUCCAUAGGAAUUAUGGCGUGGUGUGCGUGUCUUCCUCUUCUGCAGUGGAAAGCCCCACGCCAGCGUAGGAUUAACUACUCGCGCCUUUUGGCAGCCGACGCAAGCGAGGCCAGUGACUCCGAAUCUGAGCCAGAGAGAGACUGGCUGGAUAAGGCCAUGGAGGACGACCGAGGCAAUAACAACUACGAAAGGCGAAUCAGACACUAAAACUGACAGAGGUCAGGUGGUAAGAGAUCAGAAUUGGCUCUGAUCAGUAAUGAGCUGGUAAAACACACCUGAGCUAAAAAUGUCCAUCAUUUUCGAUGUUGCACCAACAACAACACUUCCUUUAAUUGCCUUUUUGAGUUUCUUCAAGUCGUUCGGGAUAUGUCUGUACCAUCUUUCUACAUCUGCAGACUGAGACUUUUGCUCAUUCUUCUUUGAAUAAAGCCUCAAAGUCAGUCAGAUUGGAAGGAGAGAAUCUGUGAAAAUCAUAUUUUAAGUUGAAUUUACAGAUUCUCAAUUGGAUUAAGGUCUUCACAUUGACUGGGCCAAUCCGACACAUGAACAUGCAUUAGUUGUAGGGUUGUUACUGCUGAAAGUUGAGGGUCUUUUGCAAAAAAAAAAAUUCUUGGUACUGCUCCAUCCCUGCGGUAGAAAAUCCUCCCCAUACACGGCUAGCACUAAGUUUUGUGGUGGUAAUGAUGUGUUCAGGUUCAUUGUGUCCAGUAAGGCAUAUUUUAACUUUAAUAAUUAGGGGCAUGUGCUUAUAAGGCAGCAACUACUUCCUUUUUGAAAUAUGUGCGACACAUAUUUUCUUGACUGUUUUUAUUAUCGUUACAAAAAAUAAAAUGGUUCAAAUUUAGAAUCAGAGAUCAAAUGUUAGUGAGCAACAGCCUAGAAAAGCCCAGUUGGUGCGACUAUAAUCAAACUUGUCCAAAAUAUAUUAUUAGAAGACAGUUUACGUCGGCAUUGGAAUUGAUAUAUUUCCCCAUCAGAUUUGCAACAUUGCCUGACUUGUCAGCCCUUGUUACCACACGCCAGGUGACGAUACGUGAUUUUCUCCCCUGACAGGUUCCAUCACCAUCCAGAAUUGCAUUGCAAUUUAAUUUUAGCAAAACAUUCCAGCAUCCUGCAGCACUUCAAGCUCUACCGAACGAUUCUGCUAUUCUUCUCCGAGCCUCGUAAGAGUUUACAUGUACAUAUUUGCAACGGUAAGGGUUGCGUAGGCUUAGUUGUGUUUUGAAAACAAAGCAGCAGGAUUACAAGGACCAAAAGUCCAACCUCAGUAUGCAAGCUCAACAGCUUAGACCUCAUGAGAGCAGAAACACGGCAGCCUCCUAGUGCAGAGUAAACUCAAAGCGUGUGCAGAGGGCCAGGCCAAACUGGACUGGCAUCCUGUUACAACCCCACCCUGAGCUCUUCUUCCUCCUCCACCUCUGACUGCUGCAGCCAUCUUUUCUGUCCCUCACACUUGACACUAAACUGAAAAUGUAGGAUUAAACGGACGGAGAUGGGCUCGUUCUUUGACUGUAUGUAUUUAACUUUAACUUAAGCACUAUUUAAAUGAUUGCUUCUGGGUCUCUGUGGAGGACAAUGCUGUCAAAGCUGUUUUUCAACAUGAGUUUGUGCGAGAGAUGGAGGCUUUAUUUUGAUCUGUUAAUGUUAACAGGCGCGAACUUGAAGCUCGUCAGCAAGUGUUGGGAUCUCUGUGAAGUCUAACGUUCCACCUCUUUCAAUGCUGAUCAAUGUGCAAAGGCAGCUGUUGCGCAGUGGAAAUUGACAUUUCUGUUUAUGCAUUGAUGUCAAAUGAAUAUGUCUUAUACUGUAUUUACAGUCUAAUAAAUAUAUUUGAACAUAAA